AUGACUGCUACGCUGAGCAAGGCGGCAAGCAAGCUGUUCAAUUUCUUUCAGUCAAGCUACGAGUACCUCACGAGUCCCGAGGUCUCAAUUAAUGAAAAUUAUUCGAUCCUACGGCACACGAGGCCAUUUGUGAUGUAUCGGGCCACCAAGACCACCGUUCCCAUCAGUAUAUUUGGUUCUAAGCCGCUACCCAAGAAGAGAAGGGUGUUUCUACAGAAAAGGGGCUUCAGAACUGGUCUAUUUGGUUGGACGAUCGGUUGUUGCCUUGGAGGCUCUAAGCUUCCUGGGUUAGAGGUCACGCCUGCCACCCACGAAGCCUACUCGUCGAUGCCACCAAGUCUCCUCUCCUCCUUUGAACGAGACAUUGAACGAAUGUGGACGCCGUACAAUUUGACGCAUCAUCAUUUGCAGGAGUCAAUGCAGGUCCAUAUUCCUGUUGCGUCUGGUGAUGGAUACUUCAGGUUGCGCAUUACGCCACACGACAAGCCCAAAGAGACGAUUGCCGCGAGUCCUGUUUUUCGCAUUGGAAGCAUAGCAUGGUCAUCAGCAUCCCCUCAGGGUGCGACCUUGAUUGGCUUGGUCCCGGAGUUAGUGGCAAAGAGCGCCUUUGUAACGGCUAAUACUGCCAUGUGGGCUACCUUCUAUGCCCUGUUUCCGAUAUUCAAGCUCACGCAUUGGACCCCGGGUCCUGUCAAGACUUUUGUGGCGAAAAAUUUGUAUCAAUACGUGGGUGGACCAGACCCAGGGACGCUCGACGAGCAAUACAAGGUGACUGAGAGGAUGAAGGCAGCCCAAGACAAUUUCAACCGCAAAGUGCCAUAUGGUUCCGCAUCUAUUCGAACGAUAUAUGAUCUAGAGAAGGAUGAGGAGCUUGGUAGACAGGGCAUCGCAUAUGUUAAAGGCGCUUAA